UUCGGCAUUUCUUGUAUCAACAUUUUCUAGUCAACAUGAGUCCAGAAUUCUCCACACUGCUGAUCUUGAUUUUUUUGGAGAAAGCAGGAUCUUCGGUGAGACCCGUGGUGACCUUCAACCCAAACUGGGACAAGAUCUUCACAACCGAGUCUCUAACAAUGACCUGUAAUGUGAGGUCACCUAUUCCAGGAGAUGUGAGAUACACCUGGUACAAGAAUAAUAAUCUGAUACACACAGGACAAAGCUUUGUUAUUAGAGAUGCAAGAACAGGUUACAGUGGGAAUUACCAGUGUAAAGGCUCCAAAACAGAAAUAAGUGACCCUGCCAGACUGGAUGUCAGUAAUGACUAUGUGAUCCUGCAGGCUCCUCUCCAUGUUCAUGAAGGUGACAAUGUGACUCUGAGAUGUCACCAUUAUCCCGAAUAUUCUGGAGGAGAGACUAUAUUUUACAAGGAUAAUGUUGUUAUAAGGAUUUGGAGAUAUGACCCUGAGUUACAUAUUUAUAACAUAAACCUAGCAGGAUCCAAAGGAUAUAAAUGUACAAAAAAAAUCCCGUAUUCUGGGUACAGUGGAGAAGCUUCUAUACCUAUGAAAGAACUCUUCACAACUCCAGAAAUGAAGGUGACCCCAUUUCCGGUAAUGGAAGGAGAUGAUGUGAUGGUGACAUGUCACAUGAAUGUGUCUUUAUACAGACCAGAGACAAAAGUGCAGUUUGCUUUCCACAAAGCCGGACAGAAUGUUCAGAGAUUUGGAUCCUCUGACCAAUAUGGAUUCCAGUCCGCUAAACUGGAGGAUUCUGGGAAAUAUUACUGUGAAGUUUCUGGCAGAAUGAUAGUGAAGAGGAGUAAAGAGCUUAACAUUGAAAUAAAUGAGCCCUUCACUCAACCAGAAAUUAUAAUGACCCCAAAUCAAAUGACAGAAGGAGACAAUAUGACCCUGACCUGUCACACAAUACGCAGCAAACUCAUUCCUGAUACAGGUCUGGAAUUUGCUUUUUACAGAGAUGGACGAAAUGUUCAGGAAUUCAGUUUAUCUAAUCAAUAUGAAGUCCGGUCUGCUGAGACAAAGCAUUCUGGGAGUUAUUCCUGUAAAAUUAGGUUUUCAACAAACAAAUUAACAAGGAGCAGUGAAGAGUUAUACACCCAGAUACAAGAGCUAUUCUCUCAGCCAGAAAUUGAGAUAAUCCCAGACGUGGACAUACAACGCAAUCAAACGAUCCUAACAUGUAAAACAAGUGUAAUGAGAAAGGGCAUUAACCUGCAAUUUGCUUUCUACAAGAAUGGUCAGAAAAUUCAGGAAUUCAGUUCAUCUCAUCAGUAUGUAGCCCCACUAGCAAAGGUGGUGGAUCCUGGGAAUUAUCAUUGUGAAGUAAGAACUUCAACCAACAAUGUAAAAAAGAAGAGUGAGGAAAUAACUUUGGAAAUACAAGGAGAAUAUAAUCCAGCAGUGAUACAGAACAUGAUCCGGCUAAUACUAUCUGGAAUUCUGUUGAUAAUUUCUUUUCUUUUCAUCUUUUAUCACAUGAAAUUUAUCAAAUCUCUUAAACCUGGAAUUAAAGGGCCCACGCCUCCAAGACGGUGAUAAGAAUGAUGGCCUACUACCUACUGGACUGUCAGAUUACGUCUACAUACAUUAGUGACAUCCUUUUGGAUCACCAGUCUAAUUAAAAAAUGUUGCCCUAAUUUUUUAAACAGUGUUAUAGGCAGUGGCCCGGAUUCA